GAACUCUCCAUGGAGUCAGGUAUCGACCCAGGCCAAGACUACUACACACAAGACUACUAUAAUUAUGACCAAGGAUACGACUUCCCUCAGUAUGGCAGUCGGAGGAGGUUGAUACCUCCCAUGUAUGAUGAAUAUGGAGAGGUGAUCAUGGAGGAUGAUGGGUAUUACUACAGUCCACAUGGACCUGAGCCUGGGAGAAAGAAGAGAAUUAAACUAGUGGUAGAUCGGGAGAAUGAGACCAGUUCCACAGGAGAGGAGAGCACGACGGAGAGCCAGCGGAGCAGACUUCCCAACAGCCACAUCAACGGGAACAUUUACCUCGCACAGAAUGGCACCAUUGUCCGCACUAGGCGGCCUCCACAUCUAAACAACCUAAAGAUGGGUUCUCCCUGCCGUCUGAGUAAGCAUUUCAAACAGCUUGAUAAAUUGGGUGUCACUCAUGAAGAGCCAAACUCUGUUGUUAGCUUGGAGGGUUCUGAAAACGACGCAGAGAAUGACAUAGGUAAGUGUGUUUCCUCUAACAAGGAUGUAAACCUUAACACUCUGGCAAAUUGUGGCUCUUUGGGGUCCACUAUCGCAGAUCUAAAAAGUUUAGGCUCUAAAACCAAUAUUGGCCAGACUAUGAUUGACAGAGGCAGCCCGUGCAUCAACAAACAAGAGACUUCUGUUGACAACCAUAAGAACAGCAGAGAAACAUUGGAGUUACACAGUGAUCACACACUGUCAGAUGAGGAGGAACUGUGGAUGGGACCAUGGAACAGCCUACACAUACCAAUGACAAAACUCUGACUGGCCACGCACAAAAUUUCAUUUCAUUUAGUCAUUCAACCUUUUUAUUUGAUCAGAGUUUAGUUUUUUUGUUUAGUUUUUUGUUGCUAAGAAAAUGAUCAAAUGUGUGCCUCAGCUGGAAAAGCUCCAAUCUCUGACAAAAGAAAUAUAGAAUUUUAUGUGAACCAAGCGUAACUAUAAUUUUAGUUUUUAUAUCGAAUGCAAAAGAUGGUCAUUUUUUAACAGAGGGAAUUCUUGCUCUCCUUUGUUUCUCUUGAUUCUUGUUGUUUUAAUCCUUAAACGGAUCAUAUCCCUGCCUCGAUAAAGAUAUUUACAGAGAAAUCAUGGUGAUCAGAUAAAGAACUUGUGAUUAUACAUUAUGAAAAAGAAACUUAUUUUGCUAAUAGUGCUUUACUCGCAAAUGAAGCAGAUUGUCAUUGAUUAUUUUAUGUUGUGGUUACUUGGAAACAUUUUUGAAAAUUUCUGAAAAAUAUGAAAUUAUUUUUGUCUAUUUUGUAUCUAACAGAGAUGGAGAGUCUAACAUGUGACAUUAAAUAUAUUCUAUCCACAUGAUUAUCGCUGCUGAAUUUCAACAGUGAAGACUGACAUCGUAGUGUUUUUAUAUGGACAUUUGUACCCACAGAAUAUGAUAUUUUCAAUCCCUUUACACAAUGCAGAUUCACUUUGUCCAUGUCAUGAUUAUGGAAGGAAUACCAAAAACGGUAUCACAUUAAAAAAUAAAUCUCU